UUUCGUCACUGCGCUAAACAUUGCGACUGCAUUGCGUUUCAAUUCAGUGGAAAAAUAUGUGAGCUUCUGGACACGGACAUUGAUGGAGCCAUCGGGAAGCGAGUGAAAAGACCGGGAACUGUUUUGUAUCAUGUACAGCAAAACGGCGUGAGGGUAAGUUUGUGUUCUUGUAGAGUGGUUUUUGAAUAAAAUUUCGAAGACUUUUUCAAAGCUGGAAAAUAUAGAUGAUCAAGUCGAAAUUGAAUGGAAGUCCAUUUAUCAUGAUUCAUGGCGGGGAUGAGUCGCUUCGAAAUAUUCGCCUUGUAUGAAAUGAAGAGUUUCUUUGAAAAUUUUUUUCGUUGCAAUACUCAUUUUUUAAAAGACAAAAAAAGAACAACGACUCCUAAUUCUAUUCAGGGAAAUUUUAAUUUUAAUUUUAUUGCUGUUCGUGUUUGUUUUCAGGAAAAUGGCAGAUGCCUGAAUGGCUGCUGUCAAUCGAAACCUUGCCUUAAUGGAGGCACAUGCGCAGAAAAUUGCGAUGACAUCAGGAAACAAUACAACUGCACAUGUCCACAGCAUUACCAGGGAAAGAGAUGUGAGAUAUUCCAUCCAAGAGUCAAUUCAUGCCUAUCUUAUUUAAAGCUGAAACCAGAGUCUAAGUCAGGCGUGUAUAAGCUUAAUGAUACGGCUCAGAGUUAUUGUGAUUUUGACUCGAAACCCGGAAAAGUCUGGACUCUCAUCGAGUCACUCUCUUUAGGAAAUAAGGAUUUUUACAACCAAAAGCCUUUUUAUUACAACUUUCCGAGAAACGAGACAAGAUUCAACUGGAAUGAUUAUCGAGUAUCCUACCAAGCAAUGGUCAACAUCCGACACAACUCGACGCACUGGCGAGUGACGUGCAAUUUCCCGUCAGGCCUUAAUUUCACCGACUACGCACGCGCUACUCUCCAAGACACGGACAUCCUGACAUUUGUCAAUCAAGACAGCUGUCAGAGGUACGAGUACAUCUCAGUUCGAGGAAGAAGUUGCACUAAUUGUUCGGGGAUGCUUGUGCAGCGAGAUACCCAACAUAUGCAUACUGAUUCGUACUGGAGCGGAAAAAACGGUUGCUCUUGGGAUCCAAGGACAGGUGCCCUGGAGCACGAAGAUAAUUUUGGAUUCUAUGACAUUAUUAAUCCUAAACACAAGUGCACUGAAAAUUCUUUUUCCACCACGCAAUGGUGGCUUGGUGCGGAGCUCUAA